AUGUCAGUGAACACAGUUCAACACACCCCAAACGGACCUAUUCUCCAAGAUGGAGAAAUCAUCAAAUACAAAACUACUGCUAGGCGACAAGCAUUGGCUAUAGCGCUGCAAGCAAAGCUGGCGCCUUUGAAGAUAAACAUCAACGCCUCCGAGGGACAAGUAUAUGUAACCAACCAAAGACUUAUAUACUUGACGGCCGGAAACGCCUCUCGAGGUGAUAUCGAGACGUUUUGCAUCAACUUCAAUCAGCUUCCAAAAUUAAAGUUCACACAUGCGCUUAAAUCUGCUCUUUUCGGAGCAAACUAUUGGGAGUUCAUGUUCUUUAGCCCCCCAGAUGGUAUAUGUGACGGUUUUCCCAAAAAUGAGUACUUCAAGGGUCUGAUCACCUUCAAGGAUGGUGGCAUGUACGAUUUCGCUGGUGCAAUCAAUGACGCUAUCAACGAUGCAAUCAACAACCCCCACAUCGACGAUGAGUUGCCUAGGUACUCAGAUCUAUGA